AUGUUUAUUUGGACCAGUGGCCGGAACUCUACAUCAUCUUACAAGCAGGAUGAGAAAAGAAAUAUUUACCAAAAAAUCAGGGAUCACGAUCUACUGGACAAAAAGAAAACAGUCACAGCCCUAAAAGCUGGAGAAGACCGGGCCAUCCUGCUGGGGCUGGCCAUGAUGGUGUGCUCUAUCAUGAUGUACUUCCUCCUGGGAAUCACCCUGCUGCGGCCGUACAUGCAAAGUGUCUGGACAGAAGAGGCUCAGUGCUCACUUCUCAAUGCAUCCAUCACAGAAACCUUCAACUGCUCAUUUAGCUGUGGCCCAGACUGCUGGAAAAUCUCUCAGUACCCCUGCCUCCAAGUGUAUGUUAAUCUCACCUCUUCUGGCCAGAAGCUUCUGCUCUACCACAAUGAGGAAACAAUGAAAGUUAAUUCUGAGUGCUCAUACAUACCCAAGUGUGGCAAGAAUUAUGAGGAAUCCAUGUCAAUGGUGAACGUUGUGAUGGAAAACUUCAGGAAGUACCAACGCUUCUCCUGCUUCUACGACCCCGAAGGCGUCCAGAAGAACGUGAUAUUAACCAAACUGUACAGCUCCAACGUGCUGUUCCACUCCCUCUUCUGGCCCACCUGCAUGAUGAUCGGCGGGGUCAUCAUCGUGGCCAUGGUGAAGCUGACUCAAUACCUUUCCCUCAUCUGUGAGAGCAUCCAAAGGAUCAGCAGAUAAAAACAAAAACUCCCGAGAUCCAAUUACAAUGAAAAACACUGUUUUCUCAUUCUUCACCAAAGAACCUUAAGUUUGUAAUGUGCAAGUCUGUUCUAAGUUCCUUAUUAUAUACUUAUAAGUAGAGCAAUAAUGCAAAAGCUGUUCUAUAUGCAAACAUGAUGUUAUUAUUAUGCAGAAAAC